GAAAUAUUUUCAGGAAGUAGAGCUCGCACGUUUCUUGGUCGUUCUUUUCCGGAAGGCUAUCAAGAUGACGGGUUUCAGCGAGAAGCCAAUUUUAAUAGAUGGUCGUGGUCACCUACUUGGACGGUUGGCUGCUAUUGUUGCCAAGACAAUUUUGCAAGGCAACAAAGUUAUUGUUAUACGCAGUGAACAACUAAAUAUAAGUGGCAAUUUCUUCAGGAACAAGUUAAAAUAUAUGUCUUUUCUUCGCAAGAGGUGUAAUGUUAAUCCUGCGCGUGGUCCAUUCCACUUUCGUGCACCAAGUAAAAUCUUCUGGAAAACAGUGCGUGGUAUGAUCCCACAUAAGACACAGAGAGGAAAAGAUGCUCUUAGACGAUUAAAAGUAUAUGAAGGAUGUCCUCCGCCAUAUGAUCGCAGAAAGCAUCUUGUUGUACCUGGUGCUAUGAGAGUAAUGUGUCUUAAACCAGGCAGAAAGUAUUGCCAUGUAGGCAGAUUGUCUCACGAAGUUGGAUGGAAAUACAAGGCUGUAGUUCGCACUUUGGAGAACAAAAGACGUGUCCGUUCUAUUCUUGAAGUUCAAAGAAGGAAUAAACUUAAGAAACUUACCAAGCAAGCAGGUGAAGCUGUUGCUAAAUCCACAGCGCCGUACACAGCUAUCAUCAAUAGCUUUGGAUACAACUAACAUACUUGUUGUAAAAACAACCAAUGAAGUUUCUUAUAAAUACAUUUUGAUUAAAAUAUUAAAUUAAAAGGAA